AUGCAAGAAUACACUCACACGGGGCCUGUUGAUUGCAACAAGCCAAUCAAUGUGGAGAACCUCAAGGGGAAAACCGCAAUUGUCACUGGCGGUGCCAAUGGCUUGGGAGAAGCCUACGUUCGGGCUCUGGUUGCCGCUGGGACGAAAUUCAUUCGCUGCGAUGUCAGCAAGUGGAGUGAUCAGGUCUAUCUCUUUCGCCAAGCGGCGCUCUUCUUUCCGACGGGGAGGAUUUCCCAUGUCAUAGCCAACGCGGGUAUUCAUCGCCAGGACGAAGUCUUUUUGUACGCUGGCGACGAUCAAGAGCCAGAAGAGCCCGAUUUGAGUGUCAUUGACGUCAACAUCAAGGGUACUCUCUAUACCGCGAAAUUGGCAGCACAUUAUUUCAUUCGACAGAAUGGCACUGAAGCAUCUCCAAAGCAGGAGGAUUCUUCUUUGGUUUUGAUCGGAUCGGGUGCGGCUUUCCUGGAUGUUCCACGGAGUCCUCAGUACUGUGCGGGCAAGUGGGCCAUGCGCGGAAUCAUGCACUCGUUGAGAAGGACCACACAUUUCUACGGCAGUCGGGUGAACAUCAUCUCUCCAUGGUACGUCAAAACGAACAUCUUAUCCGAAGAUGUUUUCAACCAUGUAUCCAAUGUGGGGGUUGAGUUUGCAAAGGCGGAAGAUGCAGGUCAAUGCCUGCUGAGGGUCCUCACCGAUGUCAAUAUCAACGGGCAUACAUUGUUCGUUUCAGGUAGGAAGUGGGCUCCUAAUGGAUACUUCGACCUCGAUUUAGAUGAUUACCCACAGAAUGCGCUGAUCAAGGAGAUACAAGAAGACCAAAUGAAAUCGGCACCUGUCUCUCUGGGCUUGUUUGUAUGA